ACCAGCUCCUUGCAGACCUGUGGAUGGCCAGGAUGAGAGGUGGGGCCUGUGGGGCCCUGGGGAUGCCCUCCCUCCUGCCAGUGCCCGAGGGCCACCACACCCACCUGCAGCCGCUGCUCUUCACUCAGCUCUAGAUCUGAGGGAACCUCUGUCUCAAGAUCGGCACCCCAGCAUUUAUCAGGGACGCGGAUGGAACCACGAGUGCAUAGAGGGCCCAGCCUGGGGACGUGUGGGACAGCGCGCAUGGCCCCGUGACAGGCGCCCGAGGCCCGCCUCUGUCCGGCUGUCCUUCAGGCAGUCCUUGCGACCAGCUGGCGCAGCCCGUGGGGCCCUGCCUAGGGUCUGGAGAGGGUAGUCCCACCCUGAGGAAGGGGCUCAGGAGGCGCGGGGUGGCUGAGCUCUGCGACCAUGAAGGUCAAAGUCAUCCCUGUGCUUGAGGACAACUACAUGUACCUGGUCAUCGAGGAGCACACGCGGGAGGCUGUGGCCGUGGACGUGGCCGUGCCCAAAAGGCUGCUGGAGAUCGUGGGCCGGGAGGGGGUAUCACUGACCACUGUGCUGACCACCCAUCACCACUGGGACCACGCCCGGGGCAACAUGGAGCUGGCGAGGCUGCUGCCUGGCCUGGUGGUGCUGGGCGCAGAUGAGCGCAUCUGUGCACUGACCCGCAGGCUGGCACAUGGCGAGGAGCUGCGGUUUGGGGCCAUCCACGUGCGCUGCCUCCUGACGCCUGGCCACACCUCGGGCCACAUGAGCUACUUCCUGUGGGAAGAUGAGUGUCUGGACCCGCCCGCCGUGUUCUCGGGGGACGCAUUGUCUGUGGCCGGCUGCGGCUCACGCCUGGAGACCACAGCUCAGCAGAUGUACCAGAGCUUGGUGGAGACCCUGGGCACCCUGCCUCCUGAGACAAAGGUGUUCUGUGGUCACGAGCACACACUGGGCAACCUCGAGUUUGCACAAAAAGUGGAGCCUUGCAACAACCACGUGAAGGCCAAGCUAUCAUGGGCCAAGAAGAGGGAUGAGGAUGAUAUGCCCACUGUGCCCUCAACCCUGGGCGAGGAGCUCCUUUACAACCCCUUCCUGAGGGUGGCAGAGGAGCCUGUGUGCAAGUUCACAGGGAAGGUCGCCCCAGCUGAAGUCCUGGAAGUGCUCUGCAAGGAGCGAGCGAGCUUUGAGCAGGCAGCUGAGCCGCUACAGCCACAGGCCCGGGCACUCCUUGCGCUGCAGUGGGGGCUCCUGAGCAUGCCCCGGCCGAAGUGAGCCCUACGUGGGCUGGGCCACACGCCCCUCCUCCCUUGGCCCACAGGAGGAUGGAGCCUUCCUCAGCCUUGCCCAGCCUUAGAGGGUGGGCGCCCUGGCCUUUCCUGGUGUUGGACACCCGGGGCCCCUCUCUGGGCCACAGUGAGCCCUGAGACCUGGGUGUUUGCGAACCAGCCUAGUGGGGUGCACAGGGCUCCUGAACUUUGAAUAAAGCUUUGAAAGGUG